UAUUAUUUGCUCGAGCCUUGUCUUACAAGGAAUACUCUAGGGUUUUGGAUCAACUUAGGGUUUCGAAAAAAUUGGCAAUUCGAAAAGCGUUUGGAGAAUUGGUUAGAAGUCGAUAAGAUGGAUUAAGUUUUGGUGUAUAACCAUGAAUCUGUGAAAGCUUAAGGGACAUGUGUUUUACAUGAUCAGUAGCGAUACUUUGCUUCUUCUUUUUUUUUUCUCCACAGAGAUUUUGUUCUCUUCCAUUUCUUCGCCUGAUGAGGAAGUAAGGAACAGUAUCUUGAUGCUUUUCCUCUGUCUCUGUUCGAUGUCUAUGGGAUGUUGUUUUCAUGUUAUAAAAAAGGAAGACUUUUUGAGUUUCUUAUUGAGAAAAAAAAAAAAAGAAAAGAGGACCGCUCACAAGGUGUUCGUUAAAAUACCUGAAUGACAUCUUUUCGGUAAAAAGACUUUAUAAGGGAAUUGCAGGUACUCGUUACCAUUCUGAUCAUGACGCAGCAAGAAUAUAAUAUCGACAAGAUUAUCAGCUACCUAUCUGAGUUGCAGACUCAGCUAAGUCAAAUACCUCUAUCCAAGAAAGCUACUGUUAACAACAAUGAACAGCCGAGCGAAAGACGAAGUGAGGAGAAGAGACACACCAAGUCCUGUGACAGACGAAAUGAGGAGAAGAAGAGACCAUCUUGGUGGGUUCGGUUCAGAGAAAAACUUAAAAAAAUUUGUAAGGUGAAGAACGAGGCAACAAACCAUGCAAGCGAUAGUAAAGACAGUCAAGGUGGAAGCAGAAGAAUCAUGCGAAACACUGACGAAGAUGAAGAUGCACACCUCGAGAUCCGGAAAUUGCAGAGUGACAUUGGUCAGAUGAUAUCUGCAUUUAAGAAUUGGACUCAGUUUCAAAACAAUAUGAGCAAGUCGUUGGAGAAUGAUCUUCGUUCAAGUAUGGUUGGAGCGACACUACAGAAGACGGGUUCAAUCAAGUCCCGCACUCAGGAUCUCAAAGAAAUCAGAAGAAAGAUCUCCGCCUUGAAGUGCCAGAUCCCAUCAUCGCUCUACAAACAAUCAUCCAGGGUGUUAAGCAUCACGGAAUCUCUAACCGAUGAGGAUAUUGAUGAGAUCAAUGAGACCGGGAGCGACAUAUACUUGCCCGACCUCCACGUUUCUGAAGAUUUCAAACAUUCCUCAGGUUUUGAAGACGUUGUAGAGAAAUUUCAAGGCCUUGAUGACUUCACUCAGAAGCUCUGCUUGUUGUCCUUCGCCGUGUUCCCGGAAAACAGAGAGGUUACAAGGACAAUGUUGAUGUAUUGGUGGAUCGGAGAAGGUUUCAUCGAUUGUGAUGAUUCUGAAAACUCAGUAACGAGAAUUCUUGAUGCAUUCUCAACAAAAAAAUUACUUGAGCCGGUCGAAGAUGAGAGGAAACUGCUACCAAAUAGUUAUAAGAUGGAGCCUCAUGUGCAUUCUGCAGUUAUAUACUUAGCCAAAAAAAUGGAUCUAUUUGAACUCUACAACCAUAAUGGGAAGCUUAUCAUGAAAAAAUCAUCGAAGAAAAAGGUCUGCCUAGUAAAAGAUUCCUCGUUGCUACGAGACGCAAAAACAUCUGCAAUGAAACCGAAAACAUUGCAGACGGUUUUCAAUUCCUCUGAACGGUUCCCUGAUUUCACAUUCAAGUGGUUUCCGUUAAUGGAUUCAAUUAGAGUGCUUUAUUUAGGAAGAUGGGAGCGGAUGGCUGAGCGCCACAUUGAAGUUGAGAGCACGGAGUUUCUUAAAAAUAUGAAGUCUCUGAAGAAUCUGAGGCUUGCAAGUUUUCAAGGGAUCUCAGGAAUCAAAAAGAUCGAUAACUCAAUUUGUGCGCUCCAAAAAUUGAUGAUCUUGGAUCUUAGAGCAUGCUACGAUCUACAGGUUCUUCCUAACGAUAUAGGCUCACUUGAGAAUCUGAUUUACUUGGAUGUAUCAGAAUGCCUUAAGCUAGAUUGCAUGCCUGAUAGGUUUGAAAAACUCUCAGGAUUACAGGUUCUUAAGGGAUUUGUGAUUAGUCAGUCAGAUGAUGAACACAAUUGUGCAGUUAAACACCUGGUGAAUCUGAGGAAGCUAAGCAUAACCAUAAAAAAUUACCGUUUCAAGGCAGAAAAUCUAAUUGAGUCAUUGAGAGACCUCAAGCAACUUGAGAGUCUGACAUUCGCAUGGAGAGCGCGAUUCCCUGUGGAUGACCGAAGAGGAGAAGAAACUAAAGAAGCAAAACUGUUAAUGGGAAUGGGCAACCAAACCAAGAAAUGGGGAAUAAGAUGGCAAAAAGAUCAAUCAAUAGAUGAUACCUAUAAAUUCCCUGAUAGUUUGAAGAAGUUGGAGCUAGAAUGUUUCCCUGAAACAGAACCUCCGAGUUGGUUAAAUCCCAAAGAUCUUAAAGAGCUUAAAAGACUCUCCAUCAAAGGAGGAAAACUUAGUCGUAUGAGUGAUGAAAGUCGAAACACAGAAGACAAAUGGGCCGUUGAGAUCUUGCGUUUGAAGUAUCUGCAUGAAUUCAAGGUUGAGUGGAGAGAUUUGAAAGAUCUGUUUCCAAAAAUGACACUGUUGGAGAAAUAUAAAUGCCCUAAAAUCGCAUUCUGUCCAACAGAUGGUAAUGGAGUCUGGAGGUCACAGCCAGAGACAUCACCAAAUAUGUGAAAAUAAGCUGCAUAGUUUCUCAAUAGCCUCUGUUUACUUGUUUAGAUAUCAUGUAUCUGUCUCUACACCCUGAAUAAUUACACAUUCCUGCGUAUGUAAUUAAAUAUUUAUCGUU